GAAGAACAAGAGCAACACAGUGUAAAUCCGACUUAAUAAACAUCCUUCUUUACUUCCGCUUGUUCAAGCUUUUAAAAACUAUCUCAUGAUUUCACCACAUUUCUUCAGUAACUCCAAGAAAAUUGUUGACAAAGUUAUAAAGCUUUGCAAUAAUGUUUAAUAAUGCCGACUAUAAUGAUAAACCAUCUCUCAACAGCAGUUUAUAGUGCAGUUUGUAGUGCGGAAGGGAGAAAGGGGAGAGUAGGCGAGUAAUAGUUGAUUUGAAACGCGUCCCUUUGAUAACGGCGGCACCGCGUCCGACACAAAACUCCGGCCGGCGGUGCAGCGUUCAAUGUCUUGAGUGGUACACUGUUUAAAAAACAAACAAACAUCUUUAUAAUUGUUUGUAAGGAUGGGAAGCGAGGCUCCUCUGUGGAAGCGCGUGCAGGCGUUUACCGGCCCGGUUCCUCGGGCAAGACACGGACACCGAGCGGCGGCCAUCCGGGAGCUGAUAGUGGUGUUUGGAGGUGGAAAUGAAGGAAUAGCGGAGGACCUGCAUGUUUAUAACACAGUUUCCAGACAGUGGUUUCUUCCUGCAGUGAGAGGGGACAUCCCCCCUGGCUGUGCCGCACAUGGUUUGGUGUGUGAAGGCACACGCAUUCUGGUGUUUGGAGGAAUGGUGGAAUUUGGACAAUACAGCAACAGUCUCUACGAGCUGCAGGCCAGUCGCUGGCUGUGGAAGAAGCUGAAGCCGCGGCCACCAAAGAAUGGUUCGCCUCCUUGCCCUCGUCUGGGACACAGCUUCACUCUCCAUGGCAACAAGUGCUACCUGUUUGGAGGGCUGGCCAAUGACAGUGAAGACUCAAAUGGCAACGUGCCUCGAUAUUUGGAUGAUUUCUAUGAGCUGGAGCUACAGACACAGUCAGGAGUCAAAGGCUGGAUCAUCCCUGAAACAAAAGGAGGGGGUCCAUCACCCAGGGAAUCUCACACGUGUGUGGCGUACAGCGGAAAGAGCGGCAGCUCCCCGAAGCUUUACAUUUUUGGGGGCAUGUGUGGGAAUAGACUAGCAGAUCUGUGGCAGCUGGAUAUCGACACUAUGACCUGGUCAUUACCUAAAACUGCAGGACCCUGUCCUUUACCGAGAAGUCAACACUCUUCAAAUGUGAUUGGAAACCAGAUGUAUGUGUUUGGUGGCUGGGUUCCUGCAGAGAAGAAUGCUGUAGGAGCAGAAUGGAUCUGUACUAACUCUAUGUCAGUGCUAAACCUCGACACAAUGAUGUGGCAUGGUCUGACCCCUGAGCGCCAGCGGCAGCGGCAGUCAGGCACAGCCAUAGAGGAGGGGGAAGAGAAAGGUCAUAUCCACUGGCUGAAAGCUCGCGCGGGUCAUUGCGCUGUGGCCAUCGGAACGCGCCUGUACAUCUGGAGUGGACGAGAUGGCUAUAGGAAAUGCCGGAACUACCAAGUGUGCUUCAAAGACCUGUGGUAUUUGGAAACAGAGAAGCCAGCGACACCAGCUGCUGUGUUUUUGGUCAAGUCCACUAUCAACAUGUUGCAUGUAGCCUGGCACCCUUUACCUGCAGCCGAGUGCUACCUGCUUCAGUUGCAGUACGUUGCUCCGCCUCCAGCCUCACAAACACAGCCCUCUGAUUCGCCAACUAUCCCAACCCCACCCACUAGUCUCACAGAGGGGGAGGAGCCUCUACAGAGACAUACACAGUCAGAGCCGUCUCGUGGAGAAAGAGAUGGAAACUACGAGAGCUCAGCACUACAGAACACCUUUGUGAUCCCACAGGAGAGGACUGGCAGUGGUGAAGCCAGAGCAGAGACCACAGAUAAACAGAACAAAUUGGAGUUCAAUCCUGUAGCUGGCAUCAACACAGAUGAGUCUGUAAAUAGGCAGCAGACGGCCACUUUGAGACCUGUGACAGAAGAAGCGAAUGACCAGAAUGGGACUAAAUCUCAGCAACUGCAAGAACAUGAAAAUCUACCCAACCCUUCAGGACAGAGUGAAAGAGCUGAUGUCUCUGCAUGGUUCGAUGUUGGUAUAUUUAAAACACUCUUUGCUGAGGUCACACACUACUAUCUACCCUCUGAGAAUAGGAGCACUGACCAAAUCUCCAGUGACAGUGAGUGGAAGAUGCCAGGACCUCACAGUUUUGAAGGACGGGAAAAGCAGGAGCUUACAUCUAAUGUUACCUACCGGUUCAGAGUAGCAGGCCUAAAUUGCUGUGGCCGAGGAGACUUCAGUCCCAUUGGGGAAUUUAAGACGUGCCAUCCUGGAUUCCCAGAGGCACCUCCUGCUGUCAAAAUCACUAAGGCAUGUGAUUCAGUACACAUCACAUGGGAGUCGCCCUCCAACGCAUCAGGGAAAAUUCAGGAAUAUUCCAUGUACCUGGCAGUGAAGAAGACGCGAGGAAACGCCUCGGAGAAGCCGGGAGAUCUUACCUUUAUACGCAUUUACCGUGGUGCCAAAACCUCAUGUACAGUGAACGCUGCGAAUCUGAGUAACGCAUACAUCGACUGCUCGGCUCGUCCUGCCAUUGUGUUCCGCAUCGCCGCCAAGAACGAACGUGGCUACGGGCCUGCCACUCAGAUCCGCUGGCUACAAGAGAGCAAUAAAAUCAAAUCAGCUUUAAAACCAGACUCCAGCCCUACCAACCCUGAGCCAGACGACAUUAUUAGCUCAUGAUGGCUGCAUGGGAACCGUUCUCACUCUCAAAUCAGCUGGGCCUAUUUUCACAGGAGCCAUACAGUGUUUUAUUUUGUAUUUUCUAACAUUCUGUUCAGUCUCAGCUAUAGAUAAUACAACUUUUAUGUACCUAAGUGCAUUUGUACUUGCUGUAAAUGUAUGUUUCCUAACUUAUUUUUUAUACUGUGGAUUGUUGUACAUAAACAUUUUUAAGCUGUUAGUUUUUCACAAAUUAGUGUUUUAGUGAUGAAGUGUUUUGUUUCCAAAUCGGCAUUUUUCUCAGUGAAGGCUGAUCCUAUAUUUUUGUAUUUUUACUUAAAAUACACCCCUCAAAUAAUUUCCUGAAAACAGACAAAAUCUGCAUAGAAAUACCCUUUAAUCUGCUAUCUACCUGUGUUCAGCAAGUUUUAGGUGUUAAUGGUUCAAAACAAUUCAUUUUAUAUUCUGUAAAUGAUGUCAGUCUUUGGGGCUAGAUGGUUUAUUUUGCAGUGUUAGGCUCCUCCAAAACCUCUGCAGUUCAAAGUAUUACUACUAUUCAGAGAAGCCCUUGAGCAAUUUGCUAAAAUUGUAAUAACUUACACAUAACUACACAACCUCCACAUAAACUGAUUUAAAGGCAUUACUGUCUACAUUACAUUAAGUUUUCUGUAAGGAGCUCUUUAACAGUUACGUAAGGAGUCUCUAGUGUCAGCAUUUAUUCUAGUCAGAGAUAAAGCUGUAACUCAAUGUUCAGACACAGGAAAGUCUUCAGGACAGAGGGUUAGGUGCAUUUUUCGUCUUACUAACUUCAAAAGAGAGAAAGAGAUAAAAAUGCUGGUUAUAGCUGGAGACUGGUUAUAGAUUUUAUAACAUGUGACAACAGGACCUAACUUUCUUCAUGGAUGUUACCCAACAUUAAAUGUGACUAUAAAUCAAUUAUAAAUCAAAAAAUACAACU